CAAAGACGCUUCUUGCUUGUGGGUUGGAAGAAGAGGACAUCGACAAACCCCACACCACAGACCACCACCAACACCACCGACAAUGAUGGACGAGCGGGAAGACGUGGAGGAUGGCACGGAAGCGGCAGCAAUGAAUGCGAGCAGCGGCAGCAGCAGCAGCCAUAGCCACCACCACGCGCAUGUGUUCUCGGAGAGGCACCAGCGUGGAGCAACAGAUGACCAGGAAGAAGAAGGACACACAUCCGUGGUGUCGACGUCGCCGACAGCCAUGGUUCAGGCUGCGCUGCCAGAGGACGUGGACAGCUGGGUGCAUGAGUUCAUGCGAUGGACCAGUGAGCGACAAUCACAGGCAGCAGAUGCGCUCAUCGCUGCUAUCCAGCAGCGCGACGGCGAGGGUGGCCUGCGCCUGCUGUACAGGCGAGUCCACUCGUUCUUGCACGUUGACUUCCUUGCCAUGCUUCCAGAGGAGCUCGCCAUCAACGUCUUGAGGUUCCUCGACACAAGGUCUGUCUGCACAUGCGCCAUGGUCUCGAAGCGAUGGCGGCGUGUUGUCAACUUGGACCGAGUCUGGAAGCCCCGUGUACUCCAGGACUUCAACCCCCACACGCUGGAAGUGCUCAUUAACCGAACAAAGCACAUCCUCCCUCACCGUUUGACAUGGAAGCAGAUGUAUGAGUUGCGAUAUCGCUGCGAAACGCAGUGGCAAUCGCCAACAGUUGCUACACAGCCGCGUCACACUUUUCGAGGACACACCGGCGUGGUGACGUGUCUCAUCAGCGUUGGUGAUGAUCGCGUGCUGUCCGGCGACACGAAUGGUGCUCUUCACGUCACCUGUCUUCGCACUCAACGGCUUGUGGGCCAGCUGCAGGGCCAUUCCCAGGGCGUCUGGUGCCUCGAUGUGGACGGAACAACGGCCGUCAGCGGGUCGUGCGACCGCACAGUCAGGGUGUGGGACCUUGAGCGGUUGCAGUGCCUGCAUGUUCUGCGCGGACACACGUCCACCGUCCGUUGUGUCGCCAUUACAGACGGCCUCGUCUUCAGUGGCGCCCGCGAUGCCGCCGUUCGUGUAUGGGAUGUGGCAACAGGCAACUGCCUGCACACGCUCGUCGAGCACACAGACUCAGUCAGGUAGAAAGCAAGCGGGGAGACGAGUACGUGCAUGGUGGUGUGCGUGAUUGCGUGACUGUCUGCUCCUGCAAGCAUAUACGUCCACAUGUGCUGCUGUGUUUGUGUGCAUGUACAUACUUACUUGU